UGCAGUUUCACUCUGCAGACAAGCAAGAGGAAGAAGCGCCCACACCCCCAAGUUGCAUUAUUGGGUUCACCCGUUCACGACUUCCGAAGACCAAAUCUGCCUGCAGACCUCCAUCGUGCGAUGUUGCAGUUUGGAGGGCGAAGGACGUCGGAGGUCAAGAAAACGGCUAUCAAAGAAAUAGUUGGCGCCUAUGGUUUCUCCCGCGUCAGGUAGUUGGCUUGGAUGCCUGCCCUCGACCGAGCUUGCUAACAGCCACAGCUAUGAAUCUUUGUCUUUCUACUUCCGCCAGCAGCCUGUCGCCAGUAUUUGGACAGAGGGCGUAUUCUCCCGCAACUCCACCGGCCCAUCUCUCGCCUAUGUCACAUUCGAUGGAAUACAAUCCCGUCGGAGCAAGUUCGUACACAACUCACCGGGAAAAGGAUUCAACGAGCCCGUGUUUAGGACAUGUGAUAAAAAGCAGCGAUCUCUUCAGCCAAAAAAUAAUGUCGAAGAUCCAUAUAUAAUGGGAAUUAUAAUCGCGCUUGCCCAAGAGCAGCGGCAGCACAGGCAGAGAAAAGAGCAGCAUGACGAAGAAGCUACUGAGUGCUCAAUCCCUAAACGUGACGAUGGACACACAACCAACAGCACAUUUUCUGGCACGCCACCUCGUUGCAGCACCGACCGAAGCCCUCAUUACUGUGGCCAGUGUCUCAGGGUAUGUGGCACAUUACACGAAAACAUCAUCACAGCUUGCUGAAGAAUUUGAAGGUCGCCGUCCUUGCCACUUCUGGAGUGAAAGACGAAUGUCUAUACGUCUACACCGCUUCUAUCUCUGUCGCGUUCCUUAGGAAGUUUGACGAACCGUGGCGCUCUUCACCGAGCUCACCAGUUGUGAUAGAAUACUAUCCUAUCCC